GAGAGAGAGAUUGAGAGUAUGUGUUUGUGUUGUAAAGAGAUGGAGGUUAGGACCCAGGGGUGUGGGUUUUGGGGGCUGGCACUCUGGCAGUAUUUCAAGUCAGUUUCACUUUGCUUAGAAACUCUUUUGAUGUGAGAGAGAGAGACAGAGAGACACGCUGGGAUGUGCAUGAGGGAGUGAUGGAGCAUCUCUCAAGUUGCAGUUAGAGUGGAUACACUGCGAUGGAGAGAGAGGGAGAUUUGCAAUUGCAGACAAGUGACACCCCAGCCCCAGCCAUGUCUGCGAAUGGAUAUUUCUAUCAGGAAAGUGGGAAUCUGAGAUCUGGGAAUGAGGAAACCGCGGAGAGCCAAGAGAACGCCCGGGGUGAGAUGCAUGAGAUGGUUAGCGAUGAUGACAUCCGAUUCUUUGUCAACAUGAAUGUCAAACUGGACACGAGCAUUGAUGGAGAAAACAACUCAGGAUCUGUGCUUAUACACACAUCAAGAAAGUACCUGAAGCUGAAGAACUUUGGGGAGGAAGUGCGAGCUCACCUGGACCUGGAUGGAUUCCUGAUGGGGACGGGGGUGAUGUUGGACACGGCAGCCCCCUCCCUGGACCAGGUCCUGAGUGAGAUGCUCACCCAGACCACCACUGAGAGCUCGAAGCCUGGCUCCGACUGUGACCAGCUCCUGGCAGCUCUCUUCACCGACUCAGAGGCCGUGCAGGACGGCAAUGUGCACCUUCUGUCAGACACUAUUCAAGGAGUCUCCGCUACACCUACAGGCAUCCAGUACCAGCAGUCCUGGAUCUGCCUUACAUCUACAGUGGCAACGAUUCGGAGAAGUCGCGUGUGUAUAAGCCGCUUAGAAAGGCCUCAGAACUGGGGUGAGAACUGCUGUGAAGUGCGGUUUGUGAUAUUGAUCCUAACUCCAGCCAAAACGAAGACGACAAAAACUUCGAGCGAGGUUGGGAGAACCUUCGCCACCAUGUUUUCUGACAUCAACUUCCGUCAAAAGCUUCUGGAAGCGAAGACGGAAGAGGAGUUUAAAGAGGCCCUGCUCCUGCAGAGACACCUGCUCACAGUCAUCCACACGGAACCGGGCAUCAAAGAAAAGAAGAGUCUCAAAGAGGAGGAGGAGAAAACUCCACAGCUUGUGGACUUUGUGCGUAUUGGGCGGGGUAUGGCGGACGACAUGCUUCGCCGGCUCCCUUUGUACCUCUCUGAUUACACGGAUGGUAUCAUCGGGAGCAAUAAAGCCAUUCGCAAGAUCAUCACCACCAUCCUGUUUCUCUACUGUAUCUGUUUGCUACCGACAAUAGCUUUUGGAACCUUAAAUGAUGAGAACACCAGAGGGGCGAUCGAUGUGCAGAAAACUAUUCUUGCCCAAUGUAUUGGCGGCAUCUGCUACGCGAUCUUGGCCGGCCAGCCGAUGGGUAUAGUAUUAACAACAGCACCGCUGGCUCUCUACAUCCAUGUAAUCCGAGACAUCUGCGAUGACUAUGAGCUAAAUUUCUACGCCUUCUACGCCUGCGUGGGCCUGUGGAACAGUUUCUUUUGCGUCAUCUACGGUGUCGCUAAUUUAAGUUUGCUGAAAUCGUUUUUCAAAAGGUCGACGGAUGAAAUCCUGGCCGUAUUCAUAUCCAUUGCCUUUGUGGUGGACGCUUGUAAAGGCAUGGCCACAAUUUUCGAGGAAUUUUACCACGAUGGUGACUUGGUGUCACUGAAUAACUCCAUCUCAGAUUUCAACACAAGCUUCUUGCACAACAGCUCGACCCUCGACCCGCAGACUGUGAGAUGUGGGCGAGAGACAGCUGUGCUCAGCCUGAUGCUGAUGCUGGGAACCCUGUGGCUUGGCUACACUCUGUAUCAGUUCAGGAAAAGCCCGUUUCUACAUGCCAGGGCCCGGGAAACUCUGUCAGACUGUGCCUUACCCAUAUCUGUGGUGGUGCUCUCCUUUGUUGGAACCUACAUAUUUCGAGACAUAAAAGUUGCCACCUUUAGUUAUAAUCCGUCCCAGAGCCUGUUUAACCUCGCCCCCUUUCACUUGCUCUCGGUGGGGGCGAUAUUUGGUGGGAUGGGGCUCGGCUUCCUUCUCUCGCUGCUCUUCUACCUGGAACAAAACAUUGUGAUGUCGUUGACUAAUGCGCCCCACCACAGGUUAGUGAAGGGCACGGGCUAUCACUGGGACAUCUUCCUGGUGGGAAUCAUCAACAUUGUGACCUCCAUCUUUGGCUUACCCUGGGUGCACUCUGCCUUCCCACACUCCCCCCUGCAUGUCCGGGCACUGGCCUACAUGGAGAUUAGAGUGGAGAACGGACAUCUGUAUGAGACGAUUGUGCGAGUGAGGGAGACCAGGGUGGCGACACUCGUAGCUCACAUCAUGGUGGGUGUCUCUCUGCUUCUCCUGCCCAUCCCUCUCCAGUGGAUCCCGAAACCAGUGCUGUACGGGCUCUUCCUCUAUGUGUCUCUCACUUCCAUCGAUGGAUGUCAGUUCUUUGAGAGACUGGCUCUCCUCCUCACAGAGCAGACAUCCUACCCUCCCACCCACUACCUACGGAGGGUUCCCCAGAGGCAGAUCCACUACUUCACAGGCCUGCAGAUCAUCGAGCUGCUUAUACUGUGUGGCUUUGGCAUGGCUCCCCUGCCCUACAUGAAGAUGAUAUUCCCUCCCAUCAUGCUGGCAAUGGUGCCCAUCAGGUGCUAUUUACUUCCAAAGAUAAUUGAGGCCAAGUAUCUAGAUGCAAUGGAUUCUGAGCACUAGAGAUGGUUGGAGACUGAGCGCUAGAGAUGACUGGAGACUGAGUCGUGGAGAGAUGACUGGAGACUGCUGAGAACCAUGGUGGGUGGGUGUGGGGCAGGGUGGGGCAGGAGGAGUUGCUGUAUGUCACUGCCCGAGCUACUGGGGCAGAAGUGUCAGAGAGCAUCAAAUUGACUGGACCAGAGGAUUGCCCGAGCUUCACCCAACUUGCGAGAUAACCAAUGUCCUUCGUCUCAUUCAUCUAUUUUAUAUAUAAUAUAUAUGUGUGCGUGUAUACUUCAGAUAUCCCUCUUGAAGGGACAGGUUAUACGUCGGAGGGUAUCCAAUUGCUUUUAUGUUAAAGCCUCCCUCUCAAUCACUUUCCCACCUCUCGACAUCACUUGACAAGACUUCACGUUAUUUGGCAUUCGGCCUUUGGGAUGUUUCUGCUUAUGAUUUAGGCUGCUUCCAGCUCUGAGUUUGGCUUUCCGAACUUAGUCUUUGUCCCUCCCCGUUCUGUCACAUGGCCUCUUCCCUGCGCCCUUCGCUCCAUUAACGCAUUUUGUUCUCUGCCUUCUGUUCUCCGCGAUUGCUAAUGUUUUUAAAUUCCAUGAUUUGUGAUCUUCAGAAAAUGGAAAUCUCAAUUACCACGUGCACCACGGUCUGUGAAUAUCUUCAUUAGGCGUCUGUGUGUGUGUAUGUUUGUACACCUAUAUGGGAGUGUCUACAUAUACACUGAGGCUUUCUUGAGUACAUCUGUCUGUCCGUCUGUACGCCCAUAACUCUAUAACUUGUAUGUAUCUACCUGCCUGCCUAUAUGUGUAUACGCAUCUGUGUAUAUAUAUCUCUGUGGGUACACGCAUAUUUGUGUGUGUACGUUUGUGUGUCCACACAUGUAUGUCUGUCUAUCUGUAUAAAUCACAGAGCUGACUGGUUGAGGUUGGAGCUAUUGAAUGUAAUUGAGCUGGGCUGGCGAUGGAGAGCACAGGGACGUAUCAUAUCUGAGACCUGAGGGGUUGAAGACAUCGCACUUGGCAUUAUUCGUAUUCCAUUCCCCUCAAAACCUCCUGGUGUCUUGUCUCCUGACUUUCCGUUCCCCUCUCAGGCGCACGGACAUUCCUGUUCGUUUGUCUGAUAUGUGGGAAGAGAAUCGUGCUUAAUUGCGCCAUCUUCUUUGAAGCUCUGAAGCUCUAAACAGUAUCGUUCCUGAGAUUCAACCUAGUCUUAGCGUGUGAGACCAUUUGGCCUCUGUAUUUAAGGCGGCACGGAAGGGUGGGAAAAGUCUCAAUACCGGACUUGAUUUGGGAAACAGUUUCUUUCUUUUAACAAAAAAUGUGUUAAAACUGACCACCAGGUUAACCCUGGAAAAGCAUUUUUGUUCACGGUUCCGUGCAUUCUGUUAAAUUAAUUUGGGCGAUGGGUUAAGACUAGGCGGAAUUUGGGGCUUCUGGUUCCAAAAGUUGUUUGGCGGUUUAUCGUGGAUUGAACGCCUUGAUCAAUGUAUCAUCGGCCUAUUGUGUUUUUUUUAGUUUAUUAUUGUAUUUUGUGUGGCAUAGUAAUCGACUUCCCUUUAAAGCGAAUAACUAAAUGCAAAGUGAAACAUUCCUACCAGUAAAUGGAAAUUAAAACCAAAAGUUUUAAAAAAAAA